AAGAUGGAGGAGUAUGCGAGAGAGCCUUGCCCCUGGCGAAUUGUGGAUGACUGUGGUGGGGCCUUUACGAUGGGUACCAUAGGUGGUGGUAUCUUUCAAGCAAUCAAAGGUUUUCGAAAUUCUCCAGUGGGAGUAAACCACAGACUACGAGGGAGUUUGACAGCUAUUAGAACCAGGGCUCCACAAUUGGGAGGUAGUUUUGCGGUUUGGGGAGGCCUGUUCUCUAUGAUUGACUGUAGUAUGGUUCAAGUCAGAGGAAAAGAAGAUCCCUGGAACUCCAUCACUAGUGGUGCCUUAACAGGAGCUAUACUGGCAGCAAGAAAUGGUCCAGUGGCCAUGGUUGGGUCAGCUGCAAUGGGUGGCAUUCUCCUAGCUUUAAUUGAAGGAGCUGGUAUCUUGUUGACAAGAUUUGCCUCUACACAGUUUCCCAAUGGUCCUCAGUUUGCUGAAGACCCCUCCCAGUUGCCUUCCACCCAGUUACCAUCCUCACCUUUUGGAGACUAUCGACAAUAUCAGUAGAACUUUUUUCCCAGGAUUUCUUUAACAGAAUGAGCUGUAGUUCAAGAAAGAUUUCAGAAGAUCAAGUUGCAGUCUGUUUUUAAAACCAUCGGUGGAACAACUGUGGCCAAAUAGGCUAUGAAGAGACAUUUAGCACUUUUUUCUAUUUAAAGGAACAUGGAGGGGGGGAAUAAAAGAUGCCACAUUUAUGUAUUCACACUCGGAUUGCAUUUGUGAUCAAAAUAAAUAUCUAAUGUCCUUAAAAGAAAAUAUAAUAAGUGCUUAGAAGAUGAAGGACCAAAGGGCAAAUAACAGUGGAACAUGACCAUCAUUUCCUUAGGGACUUCUCUGCCUGGUUUUAUGUGUUCUAUUAUUCAAACAAUAAAAAGCUCCUGGAACUUA